ACAAACAACAUGGCGGAGCCCACAGUUCGUGUUUCCGGGAUCGUUUUAUCUUCUUUAAUGUUUCAGCACCUGAACAGUGACUCGGACGCGGUGAGGAACACGUUGAUGGGAUGAAGGAGGGACUGGUCCUGGGUCAGAGCAGCGUGGAGGAGCAGGUGACCAUCAGUGACUCUCAGGCUGAUCACAUCCACAUCGAGGAGAUCUACAAUGUUCAGAAGCACAUGACCUGUCCCAGGCUGAGCAGUUUUUACAACAGUGUUGGAGACGUGAACAUGGAGGAGCUACACAAAGUCCUUGCAAACAACAAGCAGGAGGACGUGAUUGGCUGGUACAGACAGCGACGGAACUCGGAUCAACGGAUGACGUUCAGAGAAAAGAUCGUCCACGAGAACCUGAAGACGUGUCUGUCCAACCCUCACAUGCUGUUUGUGCUGCUGACGCCCGGGAAGCUGACGUCUGCGGGCGCCACCCACCGGACGGAGUACGCUGCCUUCAUCUCCCGCAGCAGGACGUUCCUCAACGUUCGCGUCCUGGUCACUAACCUGGGUUUACUGGAGCAGCUGGCGUACUGGAAGGUGUCCACUUCCUGUUCAGCAGCAGGUUAUAACCUCACCAUGAAGAAACACGGGUCGAGUUUCUUCUCCUCCAACGGGCUCCUGAGAGAAGUCAAUGAAGUGAAUAAAAUGAACGACUCUCUGCAGUUGGAGCUGCAGAAAGCGUGCAGAGACGUGGAGGAGAGCGAGAGUCUUCUGGAGGCGCUGCAGGCCGAGGUCUCAGCGCUGAGGAGGAGAGUCCGGGAGAAGCGGCAGAACCAAGAGGGAAAAGAACCCGUCAGCGAUCCGUCUGAGCACAGGAACAACCUGCUGCUCCGCCAGGCGCUCACCGCUCUGUUCGCCAGCUCGCCCCUCUUCCACACACAGACUCUUACUCUGGAGGCGUUUCCUGUUCCUGUCGUCUGCGGCGCCAAACACGAUGAGCGCGUUUCCACGAUCUCAAAGUGCGACGCUCCCGACUCCAGAAAGACAAACUGUCGGAAGAGGCCGAGAGCGGAAACACAGGAGCAGCAGGUCCUGACUGGAGCACACGCCUGGUUCUAAUGGUCACAUGACUCUGAUGUCACUACAUGUUUGGAAGCAGCUGAUUGGAUCCUGACAAUGAACAGUUUGAUUUGUUGAGUCUAAAAUGCUGAAAUGUUCAUUGUGAAGAGAAAAUAAUGUUUUAUUAUACUGUACAAAUGAUAAAUGUUCAGGUUACUCUGUUAAUUUUUUCUAAAUACAUUUGUUAACAUAAUGAAAAUGUGUUA